AUGAAGUCAUUCGCCAGCAGAGAAGCGUCCCGCGUGUUUUCGCGCCCAAACCUCGCCCACCGCGCGUCAAUUACUACACCCAGGAAUACAAACAUUCGCAUACACGAGCAGAGAAGAGGGUUCCGGGGCACAAAACGGCUAUUGAUCGUCAAGCCUUACCUUUUGGCGGAUAUUGGAGAAGGUAUUACCGAAUGCCAGGUUAUCCAAUGGUUCGUGAAGCCCGGCGCGCGCGUCGAGCAAUUCGACCCUAUUUGCGAAGUGCAGUCGGAUAAAGCAUCUGUCGAGAUCACCUCGCGAUUCGAUGGCAUCAUCAAGAAGUUGUACUACGAGGCGGAUGAUAUGGCGAAGGUUGGAAAGAAGCCUCUAGUAGACAUUGACAUUCAAAGCGACAUCUCUCCUGCCGACGAAGCCCUGCUCAACGGAGGAUCAGGCAAACAAGACGACGAGGUCUUACUCACCGGAGGCGGCGGCAGCCAAGAACAAAAAGCACAAAGCUCUGUAGAGCCACAAGAACAGGGGAUUGAGCUUGGGAGGAAUGACACAAAGGCUGCGACUGAAGACGUGCCUGGCUCAGAUCAAAGCACGAGUCUACCAUCCGAACCGUCUACAACACAAAGACAGCCAGGAAAGCAUGCAUCGCUUGCCACACCAGCUGUGCGACAUAUGGUCAAGGAGCACAAGCUCAGGAUCGAGGAUAUAGAAGGCACAGGACGGGAGGGUCGCGUACUCAAGGACGACGUACAACGGCACGUCGAAUCGAUGAAGCAAACCACUACAACACCAUCGCCAACUUCGACCCCGGCCCCUAUGACCACACAACAAGUGGAGGACCAAGUCAAGCAAUUGACCCCAGUUCAGUCUGGCAUGUUCAAGCAGAUGACCAAAUCUUUGUCCAUCCCCCACUUCCUAUACACCGACGCUGUAGACUUCAGCUCCCUCACUUCGCUCCGCGAAAAGUACAACACAGGUCGCGAAAAGCCAGAACGGAUAACGCCGCUGCCAAUUAUCAUCAAGGCCGUAUCGCUCACGCUCCAGCAAUUCCCGCUACUCAACUCACAUCUCGACACUACGACGAACCCGAACAAGCCACAGAUCAUACUAAAGGGAAGCCACAACAUUGGCGUAGCAGUAGAUUCACCGGCGGGCCUCCUCGUCCCUGUCAUCAAGAACGUACAAAACCACAGCAUCGCCUCGCUAGCUCAAGAGAUCCAACGCCUCAGCUCGCUAGCACGCGCUGGCAAGCUCUCAUCCGCCGAUCUCACUGGUGCAACCUUCACAGUCAGCAACAUUGGCAGCAUAGGCGGCGGUGCUGUGGCACCUGUCAUCGUUGGACCUCAAGUUGGUAUUUUGGGUAUCGGUAAAGCGAGAGUGGUGCCGGCGUUUGGGGAGAACGAUGAGCUGAUCAAGAGGGAGGAGUGUGUGUUCAGCUGGAGUGCUGAUCAUAGGGUUGUGGAUGGCGCGUAUGUAGCGAGGGCGGCAGAGGAGGUGAGGAAGUGCUUGGAGGGUGUUGAGGCGAUGCUUGUUAGGAUGCGGUAG